UGAGAGUAAGAGCGGCGGCCAUCUUGGGAGAGUGAGGCUGUGGCUGUAUCUAGUGAAAGAGACACACCAAACACACACCAUAGAGGGCAGAGCGCCUAGUGACCUGUGACCUGACCUGCCUUUGACCUGUAGUGACCUCGCCCACACGUAAUAACAGCCAGCGCCAUGCCCGUCCGAGGGAACACCUUCAAGAUAUUUGUGGGGAACCUGAGUGACCGUGCAACAGGCCAAGACAUCCGAGAGCUGUUUGAGGCUCAUGGCACGGUGGUGGAGGCCGACGUGGUGAAGAACUAUGGCUUUGUGCACAUGGAGAAGGAGGAUGAGGGACAGGCAGCCAUUGAAGCCCUCAACGGACACUCCCUUCAUGGCAAGCCGAUGGUGGUAGAAGCCUCAACUGGUGCCAGGAAGGGAGGCAACCAGAAGACCAAGAUUUUUGUGGGUAAUUUACACAAGGACUCAAAACUUGAGGAGCUGAAGAGCCUGUUUGAGGUUUAUGGCAAUGUGGUGGAGGCAGACAUCCUGACCAACUAUGCCUUUGUUCACAUGGAUGACGAAGCCCAAGCCCAGCGUGCCAUCCGAGAACUGGAUGGCUAUGAGCUACAUGGCCUGCGUCUCCGAGUGCAGGAAUCCACCUCCCGCGUGAGGCAGCAGGCAGGCAUGGGCAAUCCUGACAUGUGCUACCGCUGCGGCUCCGGGGGGCACUGGUCCAAGGAGUGCCCCAGGGAUGGCCGCCUCGGAGGGUCCCGCUACCCUGACCGCGAGAGGGGACGAGGGUUUGGCAGCCGUUAUGACCCCUACCCGCCCCCUCCACCACCCAGCUAUGCAAGGGAGAGGAUGAUGAGAUACCGGGAUGAUUUUGACCGAUUUGAACGCUACGAUCGCUACUAUGAUGAGGGUCUGUACGAGCGUCGGUAUGGGGACCACCCUCCUCCCCCACCCCCCAUCCUGGAUGAUCUGUAUGAGCGACGCCUGCCCCCACUGCCUCCCCCACCACACCCAGACUACAUGCGCUACGGCAGACGUUCGCCCCCGCCAAGGUAUCCUCCGCCACCGCCGCCAAUGCGUGGUUACGGCCCGCCGGACCGCCGGCCGUACUAAGCGCGCGACACUCGCCGGGCACGCUGCCGUUGGUACGGGCGCGGUAGUGUGUGUGGUGUCGUCAGCGGGUAUUCGGUAACCUCUCGUGUACCGUCACGUCACGUCACGCCGCGUAGGCUCAUACCGCCGCCGCCGCCGUGCCGCGCUGUGCCGGGCUGGAGACGCACGCAGCGCCCUCCGCCACCCCACCGGGCAUUACUUUAUACCUACCACUCUUGUACCUUCAGUCAGUCAGUGUCAGGCCGAGUGAUCAUCUUUUCUAGGGUUAGCAGCAAGCUGUGUCCAGGCGACUAGGUCUCGCCCACGAACAGGUAGUAUUUCCUCCCUCAUUUGUUUACUUUCAUUUGCCUUUUGUUGUACUGUAAUAUUGUAACCUGAAUGUUACGACCCCCUUGAGAAAUAAAUACAGUAGCCGUUCACAUGAA